AUGCAACUUCAAUCACUCUUCCUCCUCGCCCUGAGCUCUAUAGCUACCGCGAGCUUAAACGUCAACCCCGAACACCUUCAUCAAGAAUAUGUUAGGCUCCUCUCCCCAAACGCGCCGCCAUUCCAGAACCACGAUCCAACACAAAGCGUCUCCUCUUCCAUCCAGCUCUCCGAAGUCGAGCAGGCAAAACGCGAAGUCGAAGCUGCCAAGCUCGAGGAAAGACAACUAGCAGCGGGGGGCGGUGUGGCCGCCACCACGCUCGCGGCCAGUCAAUACCCGAUUGCGAGUACGGCUGGGAGCCUGUUCACGAUUAAUGGGGUGACGAGCGCGACGUGGACGCUUUUCGUGCAGACAUUUGCGACGACGGCGCUGGGGACUUGGGAAUUGGGGCCUACGCCUGGGGUGGGCACGAUCGGGCUGGGAAGUAUUCCGGGGACUGUGGGAGGUGUAAAGACGAAGAGGGCUGUUGAGACGUCGGCGCCCCAGGCUUCUUGGGGAAGGAUGGGAGAUAGGAAGCUAUGA